AGCCCAAGUGUCAUUUUGGAACCUGCCUGUAGCUGCCCCCCCCCCCCCCAUCCCCCUUACUAACGUGUCUGUUUCCAGUCAAACUAGACAGGCCACAUUCUGUAUGCUAGAGCCCAUGAAGGCACAUACCGCUGAAAGUUAAAGUAUCGGCCAAGGUGUGCUCGAACACAGAGCCAGUCACAUUUGAAGUUGAGGCAUUCAGCUAGUAGCUGUCUUGGCGGGCAGACACUUUUGAAGGACUUGCCGUAACUCUCCUCCUGGAAAGGGAUUUACAUGACUUAUCGUUUAUGAAGGUAAGAGAUCUCUGUAUUUGCUCCUUGUGCAUAAAUCAUAGGAUGUGUACUAUAAAUGAGGUUAAUGACCAAAAAUCCUUGUGGGCCUAUUUGAAAUGUGCUGUGUUUGUGUAAAUUCAACAACUUCCUGCCCACGUAGGCUCGUGAGUGUGCUUUCUAAUGGAGAAUCUGAGGGUAGAGAGUCUGGCAGAGAUAAAGGAGAGAGAACCACCACAAAGGGUGCUCUUCACUUACUACCAGGGAGACAUCAACAGCGUGGUGGAUGAGCACUUCUCACGUGCCCUCAAAAAGGCAAACAUUCCCAAAGACCUCAGCGUCAAAGCCAGCACGCCCAAAGACCACCACACCGGCAAACCUCGGAACAGAAGCAAGGGCAUCAAACAAGGUUUGUCUUUCUAUGCCUUAUCUUUUUCAUGCCCAGACAGAUUAUUCAAAGCUAUUUCUAGGAAUAGAUUGCCAGGUUUUGAUCUCCUCCCCAGGUUUCCCUCUCAGGGUUGUGCAAUUGUGCAACUCCUGGCCCAGUUCUCGUCAGCCGAGAAUCCGGCUGCCUGUCAGGGUGUGAUCAUGGGCCCUGGGGGUCUCACCUCCGCUCUCUGGAGCUACUCCACCAGGCCAGGUGCUGGCUUUGACCUGCCCCCCCCGAUGGUGUAUCCACCGGCGGGGCCAGCUGAGGGCUCCAGCUCGUUCCUGAGCAUGUUACACAUGGAACGGCCAGCAGGGGGAGUAGUCAUGGCUCCCAAGGUGGCCAGUCCAGGCUGGGAUUCACCCACUGGUUUUAGAGAUUCAGUGGGCAACAGGAUCAGUCUAGACUCAGGUGCUUGUCUGUUUUAAUAUAUAGUGUACAUUAGAGUAUCUUCAGUAUUUAUGUAUAUUCAGACAUUUUCCUUCAUAUCUAUUAACAACUUCUAUUUUCCGACUUAAGUUGUAUUGGUCUCAAUUUGAGCAAAGCUUUAUGUGCUCCUUAACAUCUACC